AUGAAGGGUCCAGGGGGGCAGGAGGGCCUGGGUGGGGCAGAGGCAGGCAUGGAAGAGGAGGAAGGGGAGGUGGUGGUGAUGGGGGAAGGCAUUAUGGUCCAAUCUGAUCAAACCUCUGGACAAUUCGCCUUACAUGAAGGAUUUCAGCAGCUCGUGCAGAAAACGUCUCAGCAGCCUCCACAAGAAGCACCGCACGGUUCGCAACUUCCAACUGAGUCGACUCGGAAGGAAUUCGUAACCAUGCCGCUAGAGACCCAUAUGAAUGGCGAUGGUACACCUGCUAAGCUGCCAGGUGCAUCAGAUCAGUUUUCUCCAACGUCAAAGCUUAAGAAACGACGCACAAGCCUUCAUCACGGGCUUCGCCCAGGCGCCCAUGAUGAUGGGGAGACUGUUGAAGGUUUGUCUAAAUCAUUGGAGGAUCUUCUUGACUUGUUCGAGUCUUCCAGUAGCGACCAGGUCUAUUCUGGCUCUCCUUCUAUUUUGCAGGCUUGUUUGAAGGACAGGCCAACAAAUCGUGCCAAAGCAAUGAAAGCAUUGAGCAUGGUGGUAGAGGUGGAUCCAAGCAUCCUUGCUCUGGACAAGGUGCGGAAGGCAGUGGAGGAUCGGUUUCUGGAUGUGUCAGUCAGUGUGAGAGAGGCUGCGAUUGACCUGGUUGGGAAGCACAUCAUUGGAUACCCUGAAAUUGCGCUGAAGGCACAAGAGGGGGAAUCGGAUGAGUUUGCAGCACUUCCGUUUGUGAUGGCCCUCCAAGCAUUUUGUGAAGUGGAUGCUACACUGUGCACUCCACCUGUGGAUCCAAGCCGAUUCGCAACCACGCUGCUUCCAUACCUGACAACAACACAGGAUGACAGGAGCAAUGGUGAUGUCAAGCCGCGAGAGAGGCUGGCCCGACUUGCCUGUCUGUCAGAGUCCAUUGUUCGGGUGAUAGCAGGAAUUUUGGCACAUCUUCGCCGGCCUCCGUCAUCUCUUGUCACUGACCUGGAUCAGGUCCUUGCAUGCCUCAUCAUCAGCAGCAGCUUCAUGAACCUUGUUCAUGUCUCCAUCAGGUGUCUUUGCACUCUCCAAAUUGUCUCACCACGGCCUCUGAAGUCGUUUCAGCUGCUUGUUCCCCGAUUCUACCGCGCACUUACCAACCCCAACGAGAGCAAAUUUCAUUGGCGCAGCCUUUUUGCACUUGGCCUUCUGUGCCGCUACGGCGGCAACGAAAUUGAAGCCCUAGAGCCCUCGCUUCCAAUCCCAUCUAUCCUUACUGUUUUCAAGUCCUUUCUCUCAUCUCCUGAAGAAGAGCUUCAGCAACGUGCUCUCCAGGCCUUGGGUUUCGCUUUUAUUGCAAGGCCGCAAGAAAUGGUUACAGAGGAUGCUGCCCAGAUUUUUGGAAAUGCACUUCACAUGGAGGCCCCAAGCAAGCACAAGGUGCAAGUUCUGAGGAGCUUUCAAGAGUAUUUGACGGACGUGGAGGAGAAGAUGGUGGAGCAGAAUCGCCGGAAUCUUCAAACCGAAGCAGCAGCAAAGAAGGCACAAGACGCUGCCAGGCAUCAAAGCACGGGAGAACUUCAGGAAGAAAGCGCCGAAGGGAUUGGAGCAGGUGGUAGCAGCAGUGCGACUGGGGUUGUGCCCGUGGCUGCAGGUGCGGGGGACACAAAUGUGUGCAGUGGAGUCAUUCAGCAGCAUUGGGAAGCGAUCUUGCAGUGCUGUAUGGACAUGGAUCCGGACGUUAGACAAACAGCACUGAAGUUGGUGGAGAUUGUUCUGAAUCAAGGGCUCGUGCUACCAGUCACGUGUGUUCCUCAGUUGAUUGCUCUUCAAGUUGACCCUGAUGAGACGACUUGGAAGACAUCACACCACCUUUUAUCACUGAUCAAUGACAGGUGGGGCAACUAUCGUUUCAUCGAAAAUCGGUUUACCGAUGGCAUGCGCUUGGCCUAUGGCUUCAUGAGGGCUCUCUCUGGUCAUCCAACUAACACUCAGUCUAAUCCAGCAAUCAAGACACCCACUAAGGCAGAUCCUAACUCGCCAAGAACAACUUCAAGCCCAGCAACACAUGCUGCCAGUGCCAAACUUCUUGGGCUAGCUCGGGAAGGGUUGGGGCGUGUGUACAAGCUGAUUCGAGGCAACCGCAGUUCACGAAACAACAUUCUCCUCUCGAUCCUCAGGAAAUUUGACUGUGUUGAUGCGAGCAGCAGUAUGAGCAACAAAUUGGGCAGCAGCACUCCCACCAACAGUCCUUCUACGAGCAGGGCUCAUCAAGAACCGCCCUCAUCUUACAGUGUCACUCCUUCUGGAGCAUUUGACAUCUACUUCCUUGCGUUCUGUGCCCAGGUGAUUGCAACCUUUCCGUUUGCUCUUCCUGACGAGCCACUCUUCCUGGUUCAUCACAUCAGUCGUGUGGCCCACAUGAGAGGUGGCUCUCUUCAUUCUUCCAUUAAGUACCUCUUCCGACCAUCAAGCCCGCUCGGACCUUCUGUCACAUCUGCUGUCAAGGCGAUCGAAGAGGAGCAAGCAGCCCGGUGUGGGAAUGCAUAUCGCAUAACUGAGGAGGAGGAAGACGAUGAGGAAGCGGGGGGCUCUCAGCCUAUCGAAAUUACCAUUCCUGAAGGAGCAUCCUGCUGUGGGAAUGACCAACAGGAGCAGCAGGCCUUUCUUGAUGGAGCUCUUCGAAGGCUCAAGGUAUCUUGGGAAAUGGCAUCUUGGUAUCUGGAAGGCAGAGUGACGAGAGUGUUUGAUACAUGA